GUAUCUUUUUUUUUUUUUUUUUUUAAUAACAUAGUACACACUGACCUUCUGUUCAGUGCUUUUUAGAUGGAUUCAUAUAUUUUGUUUUUCACUCUAGUUUACACAUUACAUUUGUCCCCACCCUAUAUCACUUUUAGUUCCAUAGUCCUUUGCCUUAGCCUGGCCUUUUACCAGUGGUCAGCCCCUCCCCUAUCAGGAAGAAAGGCUAGAGUUUUUAAUUUGACACAGACUUUUAUUUUUAACCUUGACCCAUGCAUUUUCAAGUAAUUGAUUUUGGAGGGAAAAUGCUGGCUCGGUCUUUGGAGAAUACAUGAACUGAUGAGAAGCUAGUUUAACUUUGCAGUGCAAAAGAUAAGAUGGUUUCUAGCCUAACCACUAUACUCCUAUACUAUUGUUCUAUCAAGUGCCCAAUACAAGAAUGUAAUGUCUGUUUGCUGUCAGUACAGGUGCUGCCAGUGUGGGUUUCCCCCCCAAAUGUUACACUUCAUUUGUCACUUCUAAAACAUGUCUAUAUUGCAGGGGGCUCCCUGGGUUGGGUCAAAUCUGGAGAUGUGGAGUUGUCCCACUGGUUACAGGCCAUCUUAUUUCAUGCUAGAGGGGGGUACCGGAGUGGGGAGAAGCAUCAGGGAGUCACAGGCUCCCCUGCUCUGUCGCUCCACCCCCCGCGCGCUCGCUGAGGAUUGGUGGAGUAUGCGCGCUCAGAGCUGUCUUCCUGACCCUUCAGAUAUGCCCAGUCAGUGCUUCAGCACACCCCAGCAGUGCUUUUCGUGCACUCAUGCAUUCGUUUUUCUUUAAACAGUGGUUGAUAAUGGGAAAUUUUACCCAGCUGGUUAUCUACUGAUAACCACUGUUACUGAAUAGUGUGUUAAACUGGGGGUUAAAGAGAGCUCAUUCUCAAGUGCCUUAAAAUGGUUUCAGGUGGUGUCAGGCAGACAGCUCACAAUCUGUACUCCACCGCCUGCGUCAGAUGCUGGUUAGAAAGACAGAAGCAUGCGCAGCAACAGCGAUGACUUCUUUAUUUCAGAACUGUGGAGGCUUCUAGAUACAAAUAAUGAAACCACAGAUUUCUCUCCCUACCCCAUUGGCCAGGAAUCAAGAAAGCAGGCCAGGAUAAAGAAAUAAAAAGUUUUAAAAAUAUUUCAUGACACUGCUAAAUGAAUUAAACAAAAGCAAUGAUCAGUACUUUUUCCCUUGUCCUUCAAAUAUGUAAUACUAUUCCCAAAGAAAUGUGAUCAGUUCAUUUGGGCAAGAUCAAGCCAGUAACUGCCCUCCUGUAGAUAUAAAAACUGAGCUGAUUGAUGCUGGAUACCAGAAUGUAUUUCAUGAUAAACUGAACACAUCAGAGCCUUUCUUCCCUCCCAGUUACCCUUAAAGCAUUUUUUUUCUUUGAAAUGAAACAUUUAUUGCAUGAAUGAAAACUAAGAAGUCUGUUUUAUGUUUGUUGUGAUUUGGAAGAACCUGUUUUAUUUAGAAAAAGAAGAAUGUAUUGUUUAAGAAGUUUUACUAACGAUCUUGUUUUCUGAUUUUGUCUCUUUUGGUUUUUCCACAACUGAUAUUGUUAUUUAGAAGGUUUCAGGUGGGUGACACUAUUCCUGCGUAGGUGCCUGGCGGAAAGGAACACUAGGGCAGCCUCAGUCCUCUCCUCUUCUUCCAGCCAGCUGCGGCCACCACUCUGACAAAGUCCAAAAAUAUGGCUUGUUACCUGAAAGCCAUUGAGACUCAGCCCAACUUUGCAGUGGCUUGGAGCAACCUGGGCUGUGUGUUCAAUGCACAGGGAGAGAUAUGGCUGGCCAUACACCAUUUUGAAAAGGCAGUGACUCUGGACCCAAAUUUUCUUGACGCUUACAUCAAUUUAGGAAAUGUUUUGAAGGAAGCCCGCAUCUUUGACAGAGCUGUGGCUGGAUACCUGAGAGCCUUGAGUCUUAGCCCCAAUCAUGCAGUUGUUCAUGGAAACCUGGCCUGUGUCUACUACGAGCAAGGCCUAAUUGACCUGGCUAUUGACACCUACCGUCGUGCUAUUGAAUUGCAGCCCCACUUUCCUGAUGCCUACUGCAAUUUGGCAAAUGCUCUGAAGGAGAAAGGCAAUGUGUCUGAAGCAGAAGAGUGCUACAACACAGCCCUGCGUUUGUGUCCAACACAUGCAGACUCCCUUAACAACUUGGCCAAUAUUAAGCGUGAGCAGGGCAACAUUGAAGAGGCAGUGCAGCUGUAUAGAAAAGCCUUAGAGGUGUUCCCAGAGUUUGCAGCAGCUCACUCUAACCUGGCCAGUGUCCUGCAGCAGCAGGGGAAACUCCAGGAGGCCCUCAUGCACUACAAGGAGGCCAUUAGAAUCAGUCCCACAUUUGCUGAUGCUUACUCAAACAUGGGUAAUACACUGAAAGAAAUGCAAGAUGUACAGGGAGCACUGCAGUGCUACACCCGUGCCAUCCAAAUCAACCCUGCCUUUGCUGAUGCCCACAGCAACUUGGCCUCGAUCCACAAGGAUUCUGGAAACAUCCCAGAGGCCAUUGCAUCUUACCGCACAGCCUUGAAACUUAAGCCAGACUUCCCUGAUGCGUAUUGCAAUUUGGCACAUUGCCUUCAGAUUGUGUGUGACUGGACAGAUUAUGAUGAGCGGAUGAAGAAGCUUGUCAGUAUUGUAGCUGACCAGCUGGACAAGAAUCGCUUGCCUUCGGUGCACCCACACCACAGCAUGCUGUACCCACUCUCUCAUAGCUUCCGCAAGGCCAUUGCUGAGCGCCAUGGAAACCUUUGCCUGGACAAGGUAUACUCAGUGAUCAAAAUCAAUGCACUGCACAAACCUACUUAUGAGCAUCCGAAAGAUCUGAAGGCCAGUGGUGGACGUCUGCGUGUUGGCUAUGUCAGCUCUGACUUUGGCAACCACCCGACUUCCCACCUGAUGCAGUCCAUACCUGGAAUGCACAAUCCUGAGAAAUUUGAGGUGUUCUGCUAUGCCCUCAGCCCCGAUGAUAGUACCAACUUCCGUGUGAAAGUGGUAGCAGAGGCUCAUCAUUUUACAGACCUGUCGCAGAUCCCUUGCAAUGGCAAGGCAGCUGAUCGUAUUCACCAGGAUGGAAUCCACAUUUUGGUCAAUAUGAAUGGCUACACCAAGGGAGCCCGAAAUGAACUGUUUGCCCUCCGUCCUGCCCCUAUCCAGGCUAUGUGGCUGGGUUACCCAGGAACUAGUGGGGCUCCCUUCAUGGACUACAUCAUCACUGACAAGGAGACAUCACCUAGGGAGGUAGCUGAGCAGUAUUCUGAGAAACUUGCCUACAUGCCGAAUACUUUCUUCAUUGGAGACCAUGCCAACAUGUUUCCUCAUCUCAAGAAAAAGGCAGUGAUUGAUUUCAAGUCUAAUGGACACAUCUUUGACAACCGCAUUGUUCUUAAUGGUAUUGAUCUGAAGGCUUUCUUGGACAGUCUGCCAGAUGUCAAGGUGAUAAAGAUGAAGUGUGACAGCAACCAGGAAGCUGCUGUGGAGACAAAUGGAGCUCUGUCAAUGCCCGUAAUUCCCAUGAACACAGCAGCUGAAGCAGUCAUCAACAUGAUCAACCAAGGCCAAAUCCAGGUCACAAUCAAUGGCUUCACUGUCAGCAAUGGCCUGGCUACCACACAGAUUAAUAACAAGGCUGCCACUGGGGAGGAGGUGCCACGUACAAUCGUUGUGACAACCCGCUCCCAGUAUGGCCUUCCAGAGGACUCAAUAGUUUACUGCAACUUUAACCAGCUCUACAAGAUUGACCCCCCUACUCUUCAGAUGUGGGCAAAUAUCCUGAAGCGUGUGCCCAACAGUGUAUUGUGGCUUCUGCGCUUUCCUGCUGUGGGUGAGCCCAACAUCCAGCAGUACGCUCAGGGCAUGGGUCUGCCUGGUUCUCGCAUCAUCUUCUCUCCUGUAGCCCCAAAGGAGGAGCAUGUGAGACGGGGCCAGCUGGCCGACGUAUGCCUAGACACUCCUCUGUGCAAUGGUCACACCACAGGCAUGGAUGUUCUCUGGGCUGGAACACCUAUGGUUACUAUGCCAGGUGAGACCCUUGCUUCCCGUGUGGCUGCCUCCCAACUCAGCUGUCUGGGCUGCCCUGAACUAAUAGCCCAAACUCGCCAGGACUAUGAGGACAUAGCAGUCAAACUGGGCUCUGACAUGGAAUACCUGAAGAUGAUCAGAGCACGUGUUUGGAAGCAGCGAAUCUGCAGCCCUCUGUUCAACACCAAGCUGUACACAACUGACCUGGAGAGGCUCUAUCUGCAGAUGUGGGAGCAUCAUAGCAAUGGCAACAAGCCAGAACACUUGGUCAAAUUCCAGACAGUUGAGACCAGUGAAAAUGCCUGAACUGGAAACAUGAUGAUUUUAUUUUCUGCCUAUACACCAACAUCCAUGUGUCUUUGCAGUACUCUACCUUGAGUGGUGAGUUUCCACUCCAGCCCUUUACCUGAAAGAUUGUCUCCCUCUCUCUCUCUCUCAUUUACUAUUAAUGGGACUCUUUAUUUGUAAAGGAGCCUACAGAUGCACACAUUUGUCCCCCAAUCACAUUCAUUGUUACAUCACACACCUGCACCUCCAUUUCCUGACCCAGAUAUAGGCUAAUGACUUCCAGGCUCCUCCUCUGAGAGCCGGGAAGUCUUCCUAAAGCCCAAUAUACUUGGCCGAGCACGAGAGGAUCGUGAACACCUUGCUACUCCUUCAGUACUGCUCCCAUCAGUGUGUAUACAGGACAUAUUGCAGCUUGUGGACAAAAUGCCCAUCUGUCAGUACUUGAUCUAUUUAUAAAUGGAUUAAGAGGGGAUUGAUUUUUUUUUUUGUUUUGCUUUUUUUUUUGUUUGUUUGUUUUGGUUUUUUUUUUUUUUUUUUUGGUGUUUUUUUUGCAAGGACAGUGUUGUAACCCUGAGUUAGGUUUCAUCGGCUUUAAUGCACUUGUAAAACUGAUUGCAGCUGCUUUUUUGUUUCUUUAGCUGUUAAUAAAUGACUAUGUUGACUAGAUGUGCACGUUUUGACGAAUAUGGUCUAGAUGAAGACAUCUUCACCAAAUGCCAACUCUUAUUAAUUUUGUUCUUGAUCAAGGAGUAUGUUCAGUGGCUGUUGUCCUGUUUGUCACACUAUAUUUGUAAAAAUGAUUGGGGAAAAAGGUGUUUUCUAGUCACUGGUUUUGGACAGAAUUUAAGUUUAAAUGUCGACUGUUUAGAUUGACCUUGAUUUUAAUCAUUCAGGGAACGGGUAAGUAUUUUUUUUUUUAAGCAGUUUUUGUUUUUGUAUGGUCUGUUAACUGUAUGCUGUCAAUGAUUCCACAAGGCUCUCUAUGAUAAACAAUAAAGAGAUGGCAAAUCUC